CGCAGACCUGUAAGAGUAAGUUUAGAGAAGUGUCUCCAGUUCACCACAGCUCUGCGCGCGGCUCGCCAAACGCACAAAUGUGAAAAACGCAGCAAGAACACGUUGUUUUGCGCUGCCUUCCUUACGUGUUGAUGUUUAAAAACCAACAUGGAGAUUAACGCCACGCUAUCUGGACGCAACUUCGUAGAUCUGCGCAUUUUAACGCAGAAACUUCUCUCUUCGGCCAACCAGUCCCAGCUAUUCCUGGACAACGAAACGGAAAGCGUCUCCGAGGAGGAUUUGGACGUGAACACGGACGUCUACUCUAAAGUUUUUGUCACUGUGAUUUACGUGGUUUUGUUCGUAAUCGGGUGUUUGGGGAACUCGAUCACCUUGUACACGCUCCUCACGAAGAAAUCUCUUCAGAACCUCCAGAGCACGGUGCACUAUCACCUGGCGAGUCUGGCCAUAUCCGACCUGCUCAUCCUGAUCCUCUGCAUGCCCAUUGAGUUGUACAACUUCAUCUGGGUUCAUCACCCGUGGGCUUUUGGCGAGGCUGUAUGCAAAGGGUACUACUUUCUGCGGGACGGCUGCUCGUACGCGACGGCGUUCAACAUCGCGAGCCUGAGCGUGGAGCGCUUCAUGGCCAUCUGCCACCCGUUCAAGGCGAAGAGCAUCAUGUCGCGGAGCCGCACCAAGAAACUCAUCAGCGCCAUGUGGGUCGCGUCUUUUCUCCUGGCCACCCCGAUGCUUUUCACCAUGGGGCAGCGACUGAUAAAAGACGAAUUCAUAUGCACCACUAUCGUGUCCUCGAUAACCGCUAAAACCGUGCUACAGGUAAAUGCCUUUCUGUCCUUUGUGGUUCCCAUGGCAGUGAUCUCAGCAUUAAAUGGAGUUAUAGCCAGUCAGUUACUGCGAAUGUUUCGGGAAUCUGCUCAAGACAAUCGCAUCUGUAUCAUCGGAGGCAAUGAUACCAUGCUCAGCGUUGCUGUUGAACCCAACCGUGCCCAAUCAAUGCGCCAUGGAGUCAUGGUGCUUCGUGCUGUGGUCAUUGCUUUCGUGGUGUGCUGGCUACCAUAUCACGCACGAAGACUAAUGUACUGCUAUGUCACUGAAUGGACACCUGCUCUCUUCGAUUUCUACCACUAUUUCUACAUGGUCACCAAUGUGCUUUUUUAUGUCAGCUCGGCCAUCAACCCCAUCCUCUACAACCUCGUCUCAGCCAAUUACCGCCAAAUUUUUUUUUCCACGCUCCGUUACCUAAUCCUGCCAUGCCGCCAUAAGAAACAGAAGCGCGUUCUCACCAGACACUCUAUUAGCAUCUGCAGCAACCAGACCUUCUCCACCAAUGUCAUCAAAGAAACCAUUUACUGAAUCAAGAUUCAGCCAUUCCAUUCCUCUAUUUCACUCAGCCAAGGAGAGACUGCUGAGGCGAAGAAUGUUUUCAUAUUGAGUUAUUAUUACAAGAAUUCAUAAUAUCCAUGCUACUGAAUCACCGUAUGGAACUUUUACACAGCGCAGAGCUGGCUCCAGAGAUGUAUACAUGUUUAUAAGAGGAAAUGUAGCACAAAAUACAAAGAACAAUGUGCCGAAAGAGUGUAAAUACAAAAACACUAAUGUA